ACAAGUGAAUUGCUUCACUUAUGGCAAACACCCGCCUCGCGACCCAAAUUCCGAAUUUCGCCUCACAUACGUUUCUGAUUUCUAGCGCGGAAUUGCUCCACUUACAAAUUCUUUAAAGAACCCAAUUUUCUCCCAGACGCUUCCUUCUCUUCUGAAUCCCUAUCUCAUCCGAAGCACGAAUUGCCCCUUGCCUUCUUAACCCAUUGUGGGAGCCAGUUCUAUUUGACUCUCUGAAAUCUGGAGGAUGUUUGUGUUUUGCUAUUUCUAGGGUUAGGGUUUUUUUUUUUGGAGCCAUCUUAAGAUUCCUGAGGAUUUAACCGGCGUGGUGAUCAAAUGAUCAAUUGCAACCCCUUUUGAUCAUUUUUAUAUUGAAGUGGAGUGUUCAAUGGCUUCUACUAAAGAAAGUGACAACGCUUCCAAUACUCCUUCCUCGCCAAAAAACGUGUAUAAGGAUCCGGAUGAUGGGCGGCAGCGAUUCUUACUCGAAUUGGAAUUCGUGCAGUGCCUGGCCAAUCCUACUUACAUUCACUAUUUGGCUCAAAAUCGAUAUUUUGAAGAUGAAGCAUUUAUUGGGUACUUGAAAUAUCUUCAGUACUGGCAACGGCCAGAGUACAUAAAAUUUAUCAUGUAUCCUCAUUGCCUAUAUUUCCUUGAACUUCUUCAAAAUGCGAGUUUCCGUAAUGCAAUGGCACAUCCUGUCAACAAGGAAUUGGCACACAGACAGCAAUUCUUCUUCUGGAAGAACUAUCGAAACAAUCGGUUGAAGUUCAUUUUGCCUAAGCCUCCUCCUGAACCAGUUGUUGCGCCUGCACCACUGCCCCCUGCUGCUGUUCCACCUCAGGUGGCCAUGCCGCCUGUGCCUGCUUCCACUAUUGCUAUGACAACUGCUUCUCCAGCUCCUUCUUCAGCGCUUUCUCCAAUGCCAUACAGUCUUCCCCCUGGAUCUGCUCUUGCAAAAAAUGAUAUGAGGAAUAGUGGAAUUGAUCGAAGGAAAAGGAAGUACGAAAGAAGUUUAACUUGACCAACCAUCUACAUUGAAAGUAGUGGGGAUGUGUAUUUCAUGAGGUAACAUCUUUUGAAUUGAAAUUGAGUAGCCAGGAAUUCUAUGUUCUUCAAUAUUGCUUUUUAAUAUCAUUGCGGCCAUAAUGUCAAAGCCCUGCUGUGCUGAUUAAUAUCUAAAUUAGUUUUUAGCGGCUUAUAGUGUUCCAUCUUCUUGAUCUAUGUAUUGAGCCCUCUGUAUGGAUCAAGCAGUUUGUAUGAACUUUUGCACCAAGGACCUAUUAAUUUUGCAUUAAAAUAUCACGUCACUUCGGCAUUUCUCUUU